CGAGUGUACACAAGAGUUAGAGGUUCCAACACCGUCAAUAUUUUCAGAUCUCUGGCAAAAAUCAAGGAAUAGUCAAAAUAGAAUAUGUACCAAUUAGAUUGUUAGAUUUACUAUUCUCUAUAUAAUUGACGGGGAUUCUUCCAAUCACUGCAUGUCUACACUACAUCCGCCUUCUCCCAGUCAGCCAAUCUGCUUCCUCAAGUGGAAUCAAAAGGUUGUUUGUGAAAUCCAUUAUCUGUUCUUUGUAAAGAGCGAUUUUCCCUUCUACGUGUGUUGGAAUCGCCAAACAUUUAUUUUGUAAAGAUGCAAGGAAACCAGGGCCCCCGUGGAGAACAGCAGUACCAUGGCCCAUCUAGACACCAGUUUGAAAACCAGAGAAAUCCUGGAGUCAACAGCAAUGGACAGCAUGCAGAUGAGCAGGAGAGCCCAAAUGCAGGGAUAACCAUAGAUCUACAAAACUUCAGGAAACCUGGAGAGAAGACUUACACUCAGCGUAGCCGUCUGUUUGUGGGAAAUUUACCAACUGGUGUUACAGAGGCAGAGGUGGAGAAGUUGUUUUCCAAGUAUGGCAAGGCAGCUGAGAUUUUCAUCAACAAGGACCGGGGGUUUGGAUUCAUUAGACUGGAGACAAAAACAGUGGCUGAGAUUGCUAAAGCGGAGCUUGAUGACACCUCAUUCAGAGGCAGACAGUUGCGUGUGCGAUUUGCAACACAUGGUGCUGCUCUAACUGUGAGGAAUUUGCCACAGUUCAUUUCCAAUGAGCUCCUGGAAGAGGCUUUCUCUGUCUUUGGCCAGAUUGAAAGGGCCAUAGUCAUAGUAGAUGAUAGAGGGAGACCCACAGGAAAAGGGAUUGUGGAAUACACAGCCAAGCCUGCAGCAAGGAAGGCUCUGGAUAGGUGUGCAGAUGGAGCCUUUCUAUUGACUGCAUUCCCCAGGCCAGUGACAGUUGAGCCAAUGGAGCAGUUUGAUGAGGAUGAGGGACUGCCAGAGAGGAUUGUAAACAAAAACCAAGUGUUUCACAAGGAGCGGGAGCAGCCACCGAGAUUUGCUCAGCCAGGGACAUUUGAGUAUGAGUAUGCCAUGCGCUGGAAGGCCCUGAUGGAGAUGGAGAAGCAGCAGUUUGAGCAGGUGGACAGGAACAUCAAGGAGGCUCAGGAGAAGCUGGAGCAAGAGAUGGAGGCAGCUAGACAUGAGCACCAGGUUAUCUUGAUGAGACAAGACCUGCUGAGGCGUCAAGAGGAGCUGAGGAGAAUGGAGGAGAUCCAUAACCAGGAGAUGCAGAAGAGGAAGCAGAUGGCGCUGCGUCAGGAAGAGGACUGUCGCAGGAGGGAGGAGGAGAUGAGGAUGCACAGUGAGGAGAUGAUGAGGCGGCAGCAGGAGGGCUUCAAGGGGAACUUCCCUGGAAAUCGGGAGCAGGAGAUGCGGAUGCACAUGCAAGUUCAAGGAAUUAACAGAAACUCGAUGGGUGGUGGUGAAGGAAACCCCAGCGUGCCCAUCCCUGGAGCUGCCAACAUACCUGCCGAGAACCCCCCUUUAAUGCAGGGGGCAGGAAACAACAACAUGCCGGUAGGAGGCCAGCCUGUGUUCCCAAGAGUCCCUGGCCAAGGCCCUGCGGACUUUGGUGCCAACAAGCGUCGCAGAUUCUAAAAUGGUCAAUUACAUUUUUUUUUAAACUUUUCAAACUGUACUAUAUUUAAAAAUUCAUACAUGUUAUGUACUGUGAAAAUUGCAUGGGAAAUAUUCAGAAUGUUUUUGUUUUAAAAUAGCAUCACGAGUUGGCAUUUUCGUAUUUCAGAUGAAUACUGAUUCUGUAUAGAUUUUUUUUUUUUAUUCCUCAAAGCAACGUUUUAUAUAGCAAUAGUAAAUGUGUCACUCACUCUCUCUCAAUAAGCCUUUCUGAACAGUUUUAAAUAAAAUUGUAAUUCCUUG